UCCGUGCGAGUACUGUUAAUGCGAAAAUGUUUUAAAUAGUAUUUUUUUAGCAAAAAUGUGUUGGGGUAAUAGUGAGCAUACGACAGGAUAAAUGAGACUUGGAUUAUUCUGCUCGAGUUGUGUUUUGAUGUAGUUUUGCCGUAAGACGCCCUCCUUUUACUUCAAUUCAUCAAGAAUGUUCUUUGUUUUUGGAUUCUUCGUACACCGUGAGGACAUGCGAGAAAUUCAAGAUGGCUUUAAGCUCAACUAAAGACUGCGACCUGAGGAUCGUCCUGCUGGGGAAGACUGGAUCAGGAAAGAGUGCAACAGGGAACACCAUCCUGGGACGAAAAGCUUUUAACUCAGUGGUUUCUCCGUCUUCUGUUACAAAGACAUGUGGGAAAGUAACCGGUCAUUUUGAUAAAAGAACCGUCACUGUGGUCGACACCCCUGGUAUCUUUGACACAUCGAUCGAAGAUGAUCAACUGCAAAGUGUAAUGGGAGAAUGCAUCACAGAGGCUGAACCAGGACCUCAUAUAUUCCUGUUUGUGAUGAGACUGGAUGUACGCUUCACAGAUGAGGAGAAGAAUGUCAUCAAGUGCUUCAAGGACAACUUUGGUGAAGAAGUCUCCAACUACACACUGGUGCUGUUCACUAGGGGACAUGAGCUCAAGGAGAAAUCCAUUGAGACUUAUUUAUACGAAAGUCCUGAACUCAAAGCGUUCGUCAGUGGCUGUAAAGCUGGCUACACUGUGUUUGAAAAUGAAUUCAUGGAAGAUCGCACUCAGGUGGCCGAUCUGUUUGAAAACAUAGACAAAGUGGUGCAGUUAAAUGGUUACCUCCAUUAUACCAGCAACAUGUACGAAGAGGCCCAGAGAAAGAAAACAUCGAAGGAAUGGUGGAGCGAGUGGGGAGACAAGAUGAACUCUUUCAGUAAACUUGUUAUUACAGCCACAGCCACAGCUGUCCCUUUAGCUGGUGUUGUUUUUAGUGCGGAGAGAGCAGCAGUUGCAGCUGGAGGACCAAUGCUAUUAGCUGCAGGUGCCAUGAUUUCUAAAGGCAUCGGGAAGUGGAUGAAACCUAAAACAGACAGCUGAGUCAUGACAAACAAUAAGUGGUUUUCUAAAGGCACUCUGGUGCUUGGAAACACUACCGCUUUAGUCGACAGGGAUCGCCAAAAUCAACACAAAAUGAAAGUUCCUCCUUUUAACUUUAAGCAAACUUGUAAAGUCAUUCUAUUGAUUGUCUUUUUUAAAACAUGGAGGCAACACCUUUUAAUGCAUUUCAUAUUUUCUUAAUGUACAUGCAUACAUAUUAAUCACAACCUGCUUUGAAUGAUAAAUAAACCUUUUAAAACAAAUCUUAUAUUGAUGCUAUACACUCUUAUCCUGAAAAUCAUUUUGUGUGAAGAACACUAUUGUACUUUGUGUCUGUUUGGUUUGUAAGAAUGAAAUAAAACAAUGUGUUUAAAACCUUAA